UUGACCUCAUAGUUAAUCUGCGUGAUAGCUGAUCACGCAGAAAUUCUAGUGAUUUUUCUAUUUCUUUUAAAUACACACACGCACACACACACGCGCGUACACACACACAGCCCGGCCCCCUCUAAAGAAAGAAUCAAAACAAAGCAAGCAAACAAACCUAAGUCGAUGGACCUGGGGGAGUAUGUGUGAGUGUGAGGGAAAUGAGUAUGUGUGCGCGCGUUUCUCUCUCCCUUAUUUGUCUCGGUAUGCGUCUCUCCCUGUACCCUCCCCCUGCCUCAAUUAUAUUAUUCUCCCAGACUUGGAAGCUGCUCCCUGAACUGACGCUUUGAUGGUAUCUGCAAGCGUUUGUGCUGAUCUUAUUUCUGUUCCCUGAAUAUUAAUUCCUGAAGCUGGUAGCAAUACAGCUCCCCAGUGACAAGCCCUACUAGAGGCAGGUGGGGGGAGCCACCAUCAGAUCAUAAGCAUAAUAAUAAUACAAAGGGGAGGGCUUCUGCAACCAAGAGGCAAGAGGCAGAGGAAGAAAAAAAAAAAAGCGAUGAGUUCGACAAAUAUAUGGAGCACAGGAAGCUCAGUCUACUCGACUCCUGUAUUUUCACAGAAAAUGACGGUGUGGAUUCUGCUCCUGCUGUCGCUCUACCCGGGCCUCACGAGCCAAAAAUCUGAUGAUGACUAUGAAGAUUAUGCUUCUAACAAAACGUGGGUCUUGACUCCAAAAGUUCCUGAGGGUGAUGUCACUGUCAUCUUAAACAACCUUCUGGAAGGAUAUGACAAUAAACUUCGGCCUGAUAUAGGAGUGAAACCAACAUUAAUUCACACAGACAUGUAUGUGAAUAGCAUUGGUCCAGUGAACGCUAUCAAUAUGGAAUAUACAAUUGAUAUAUUUUUUGCCCAAACAUGGUAUGACAGACGUCUGAAAUUUAACAGCACCAUUAAAGUCCUCCGAUUGAAUAGCAAUAUGGUGGGGAAGAUCUGGAUUCCAGACACUUUCUUCAGAAACUCCAAAAAGGCUGAUGCACACUGGAUAACCACCCCCAAUAGGAUGCUGAGAAUUUGGAAUGACGGUCGAGUGCUCUACACUUUAAGGUUGACAAUUGAUGCUGAAUGCCAAUUACAAUUGCACAACUUUCCAAUGGAUGAACACUCCUGCCCCUUGGAGUUCUCCAGUUAUGGCUAUCCACGUGAAGAAAUUGUCUACCAAUGGAAGCGUAGUUCUGUUGAAGUGGGUGACACAAGAUCUUGGAGGCUUUAUCAAUUCUCCUUUGUCGGCUUGAGAAAUACCACUGAAGUAGUGAAGACAACUUCUGGUAAGAUGCACCUGUAAAGAAUUUUGAGGGAC